UAUUGUUAUGUCUCUUGUUAUGUUUUAUUUUUCAGAAAUUUGCAACUAUUUUCAGACUAUUUAUUUGUAUUUAUUAUGUUAUUUAUAUGGCUGUGUUUGUAGAUUUUGUUGUUCGGAAUUUAUUGUUGGUCUUAUUAUUUUACUUGUUGUUUUUAUUUUGUUAUGUAGUUUUUUUUUAGUUGUUCAAGUAUUUCACAAAAAAUAACUUCACUUUUUUCCAUUUUCUUUUUCCUUUAUUUUCUGUAUCAAGAAUUUCGUUGAUUUCAAUGACGGCCCUACUCAAAUAGAUGUUGAGGCUACUGUUCAGUCCGGGGUAAAAGCAGUUGAGCUUAUGGUAAUGUUGCUUUUGUGUUGUUUUUUGGUUGUGUAAAGGUUGUUAUUUUUUAACCAUGCUCUAAUUCCUUUUUAAUACCAUAUAUAAACAGAUGUCUUCAGAUGGAAUUGGUGGUGAUCCUUGUAAACAGAUUUUAGUUUCUGAAAAUGUUGAGGUUACGGAUCGUCGUCUUGUUUGUUUUGAGGUAUAUUUUUUUUUUUUUUGGUUGUUUUUUAGUUUCUUCAUACUUUUUGUGUUUAACACUGUCUAUUUUCUUUCAUUUUUGUGGAAAAAAUAUAUUAGAUGGGUGCAACAGGUCUCAAUGUUGAUUCUAACAUUGAACUUGAAGAUGACCCAAUUCCCGUUGAAGAAACUCCUCUUUUUGACAAGAGGAAAUCUAAGAAACCCAUAGCGCUGACGUCUCCGUUUAUGGAGUAUGACUCUUCCAUUUCUAGUUCUAAAGAUGGUUCUGGUUAUGGAGUUGUUAAGUAUGUGGCUGGGUUGUGUCCUCUCGAUGAUAAGAUUGGUGAAGAUGUAGAACAUAAAGACGAGAUUGAUUUUGACUUGUGGCUUGGUGAAGGACGCCGAUCGAAGAAAGAUCCGCAUGAUAAGGAGAAGGUUUACUUGAAGGGUAAGGAUAAGAUUGUUCCCCCUUUUCGUUUUGGCGUGGAAGAUGUUGCAACCAAGAUGUGGUUCCACAAGCUUGCAUAUCCUGGCCAAUGUUUGACUAAUUCUCAUCUGGACAUCAUUUUUUACUAUCUACGUAAAAAAGGAAAGUAUGCAAAGGAGCCAAAGGUUAAGUUCACAACCACCGAUUGCUUAUUCUUCAAAACCAUUCAUGCUUUGUAUGAAAAAUUUAUUGCACAGAAAAAAAAUCUUUCUUUGAUAACUGCCCAGCAUGCCAUUGCUGAUUAUAUAAGAGGUAGAAAAAUGUUAUGUGGUUCCCCUUGGCAUUUGUGCGAUCAUGUUUUCUUUAUCAUCCAUAUGGAGACUGAAUCACAUUGGAUUCUUGGUCGAUUGAAUAUUGAGGAAAGGCGUGUGUACAUGUACAACUCCUUGUCGACUGCUAUGAAAGAUAGUGCUGCUAUCAAAGCUUGUCAGCCAUUUGCGGUGUUGUUGCCCCACUUUUUUGCUUUGUUUGAUGAGUUCAAAAAGGAAAACAAACCGAUUUGUUUAGACCCUUUCGAAGUUGUUAAGGUUGAUGGUUUGCCUCAACAAACCUCUAAUGACUGUGGUUGUUUCGUUGCAUCGUUCGCCGAAUACUUUAUUGAUAUGAAACCGAUUCCUCCCAUAUUUGAUGUUGAGAAACACCGUGAUAGGCUUGCUGUGUUGUUCUAUAAGUAUGCUCGCAUGAAAGAAGUGGAAUUUAUUGAUAGUGAAGAUGAGGCUCCUCCAAAGGGUCCAAAGAAGAAUUUGUCUUAGUUAUCUAUUGGUUGUUGUUGGAAAUACUACUUUUUUUUUAUGUAGCUUUUGUUUUUUCUAUUACCAGAUUAUGUUCAUAAUCAUAGACAAGUUGUUGUUUCUAUCAUGUUUUUUUCUUAAUUGGAAUUGGUUUUUAAUUUGUUCA